UCCGCUGCCGGCACAGGAUCAUCAAUCUUUCGGUACAGACAAAAAAGCAAGUAGCAGUUGAACAGGAGAAGAAUGGCAUUGAAACAGAUUUCCAGCAACAAGUGCUUUGGAGGCUUUCAGAAAGUGUUUGAACACGACAGUGUUGAACUGAGCUGCAAAAUGAGAUUUGGUAUCUAUUUACCACCAAAAGCAGAGACUGCAAAGUGCCCGGCACUGUAUUGGCUGUCUGGCUUAACUUGUACAGAACAAAAUUUUAUAUCAAAAGCCGUGUAUCAUCCAGCAGCCUCAGAACACGGCCUUGUCAUCGUAGUUCCAGCUACCAACCCCCGUGGCUGCAAUAUCAAAGGAGAGGAUGAGAGUUGGGACUUUGGCUCCGGGGCUGGAUUUUACGUGGAUGCCACUGAGGACCCAUGGAAAACGAACUGCAGAAUGUACUCCUACAUAACACAAGAGCUUCCACAACUCAUAAACGCCAACUUUCCAGUGGAUUCCCAACUGAUGUCCAUUUUUGGCCAUUCUAUGGGAGGCCAUGGAGCUCUGGUUUGUGCUUUGAAGAAACCGGGAAAAUACAAAUCAGUUCCAGCAUUUUCUACCAUUUGCAACCCUAUGCUCUGUCCUUGGGGCAAGACCUUUAGUGGAUAUUUGGGCUCAGAUCAAAGUAAAUGGAAGGCUUACGAUGCUACUCAUCUGGUGAAGUCCUACCCAGGCUCUCAGCUGGAUAUCCUGAUUGAUCAAAGAAAAGAUGACCAGUUCCUUUCCGAUGGACAGUUGCUUCCUGAUAACUUUAUAGCUGCCUGCACAGAAAAGAAAAUCCCUGUUGUUUUUAGAUUGCAAGAGGGUUAUGAUCACAGCUACUACUUCAUUGCAACCUUUAUUACUGAUCACAUCAGACACCAUGCAAAAUACCUGAAUGCAUGA